AACUCUGUGCUGGAAUCCAGACAGUCUGGGGUCUCUUGAACCACUUGAUAGUCAGAGGAUCGUUGCUUUCUGUGGGUUUCUGUCACUUUCUCUAUGGCUGCUUCUGAAUCUGCCUCCAAAUCUCAUUUCUCUCUGGACUCCUACCAUGUCUCUGAGGAGCUUGGCUUCAUCCUCCCUGAUCCUCUGGAGGAGCUUCCACCUUACUACCAGCCAUGGAUGGAUAUUGCCCUGCGAGUCCCAGAGCUUGUGCACACUCAUGAGUUGCGCUUCCACAUCAAUAAGAUGCCACUGCUGAGCAGCCAGUUUCUGCAGAAACACCGGGAGUUAAGGCUGGCCCACCUGGCCCUCAGCGUGAUGACCAUGGGCUACGCCUGGCAGGAGGGAGAGAACAACACAGUUGAGAUGCUGCCACAUAACCUGGCCGUCCCAUACUGGGAGGUGUCACAGCGCUUAGGACUUCCCCCAAUUCUCACCCAUGCAGAUGCUGUACUGGCUAACUGGAGGAAGAAGGAUCCAGAGGGGCCUUUUGACAUGGAGAACCUGGAGCUGCUGGUCAGCCUCCCAGGUGGAGACAGUGUCCGAGGUUUCUUUAUGGUUACUCUUCUGGUGGAGCUGGCAGCAGUCCCUGCUCUGAGGAACAUUCCCAUUGUGAUUAAUGGUGUCAGGAGUGGUGACACUGAGGCUGUGGCCAGAGCCCUGGAGGACAUCAGCCAGUCAUUACAGGACAUGACAGAUGCACUCAAACUGAUGCAUGUGUAUGUGGAGCCUUCGGUCUUCUAUGGCAUUAUGAGGAUCUACCUGUCUGGGUGGAAAGACAACCCCUGUAUGCCAAAGGGGCUGGUUUAUGAAGGGGUCCAGACAGAACCAAUGGAGUACUCAGGUGGGAGCGCUGCACAGAGCAGUCUGCUGCACUGCUUUGAUGAACUUUUGGGAGUCAAACAUAAAGCAAAAAGUGGUGCCUUUCUAACCCGCAUGAGGAACUACAUGCCACCUGCUCACAAGCAGCUGAUCCAGGACAUCUCUUUGCAACCCUCCCUUAAGAGUUUUGUCCAGCAGCAGGCCAGCAAGCGGCUAAACCAGGCCUUUCAGCAAUGUGUCACAAAACUGUUGGCUUUGCGGGGAAACCACAUCAAUGUCGUCAGCCGUUUCAUCACUGUACCUGCUUCCCGUGCCCGACAACUUCGUAACCAGAGCCAGGACUUAGAGGGGGAGAUGAUCAGCAGAGCACCCACAGCAUUAGAAGAGAGGGGCACCGGUGGCUCUGGCAUCAUGACUUUCCUUAAGACUGUGAGGGACCAAACAAAAAAUGCCUUCCUGCCUGAGACAAGCAAAGAAAUGAAGCACCACAGCUGAUGUGAGCUGUCAUCACUCAGAACACACAGUAGAGUGUCAACUACAUCACAUAAAACAGACAGUAAAUCACCUCUUAUUACUUAACACACUAUUUUAUAUGUCAUUAAAAGGAUGCCUUUUGGCAGAAUGAGAGUGA